AUGGCAACUGAUCAACCCGAAGGCAGUGUUGAAGAGUAUAAAGUAAAGAUGGCAACUGAUCAACCCGAAAGCAGCUCUAAACACUCACAUAGGCCCAAGUGGGAUAGUAAAUUCCAGUACCUUUUAAGCUGUUCCGGAUUUGUUGUGGGUCUUGGAAAUGUGUGGCGUUUUCCAUACUUGUGCCAAACCUACGGAGGAGGUAAGAGAAAACCCACCUUUUAAUUGAUUAGUUGUGUUCAGACUAAACUAUGACACGGUCCUCUUGUUCUAAAAUAAUAUGUGUUUGGGGUGUGCCACACCCCUCUAAUCUCUGGAUCCAGCAACUGUUAAAAUUUAAUCAAUGCUUCAAAUUCUUGGAAUAGCCAGGCUAGUUCCCAGUUAGGUGACAGCCUGGGUGGUGGGCCAUUAAGGGAGAUUAAGGAGCACUAUGUGAGAUGUAAAAAAAGCCAGAGGUGGGAACAGUGGUGGCCUAAAAUGGUUCUGCAGAGGCAGCUGCAAACGUACUUAAAUGUUGCUACGCUCCACCUAAUGGCCUCAGCUGUGGCAGAUGAUAGCUAGAGGGAGGAGACUGUCACAGAAGCUGUAAAAGGGGUGGAAGUACUUUUUUUGGUGGGUUGGAUAAAAAAAAUAAAAUUCCAUUUAUAUCCUGCUCUUCCUCCUAAAUGACAGAUGGCUAAGUGCACAGAGCAAAACAACACAGAGACAGUGGGGACAAUAUGUCACUAAUUUUUCUAUUAACUUCAAUGCCUCACUGCACCUCUUACGAUUUGCAUGCAGAGCUUAAUAGUAUUACUGAAUGACUUACAACCCAAGCUUUAAGUCUUGUUGGGAUUGUUAUCCAUUGUUACUGAUUGAUUUGAUUUUACUGCAUGGAUUUAGUGCCUGAGUGAAUCAAGUUGUUUACUUUCUCUGACUAAAUGGACAUGGAUUUUUUAAAGUGUUUGGUUUUUUUUAUUGGCAAGAAACAUGAUAAAAUAAAUAGCCUUGCUUCUAGGCAACCGUGACAAUAAGAGCCAGUGUGGUGUAGUGGUUAAGAGUGGCGGACUCAUAAUCUGGUGAACCGGGUUUGAUUCCCCGCUCCUCCACAUACAGCUGCUGGGUGACCUUAGGCUAGUCACACUUCUCUGAGGUCUCUCAGCCUCACUCAACUCAGAGUGUUUUUCUGGGGGAGGAAGGGAAAAGGAGAUUGUUAGCUGCUUUGAGACUCCUUAGAGUAGUGAUAAAGCGGGAUAUCAAAUCCAAACUUUUUUUAAAAAGUGGUGUUUCUGUACUUUGACUCUUAACACUGAUAAAUGAUUUUAAGAUACAUAUUAUUCCUUGUUGAAAAAUGAAGAAAUUAGAAACAAGCUACUUUGUCCAAGAGCAAUUUCCUUUGCAGCAGCAAAGUAACUUUUUGUCAAUCUUUUCUGCUUCUCAAGGAAGGCAGAUAAUUUAGACAUAGACCAAGGGAGCUAUGAACACCUGAGCUGACUCUAGCUGAUUCCCCUCAAAGUUGAUUUAACUUUGGUUUUAGAAAACAACACUGCCAAAUCAAAAGAGACAAGGCCAUUUGUUCUACCACUUUAGGAACACUAACGUGGGACAGGGUAAAUGAUUGGUAGGGGAGGCAUAAAUGCUUGAUACUUUCUGAGUUUUUGAAGUAUCAUAUGACAGAAUCAUAAAAGCAUUGUCCAGAACGGAUUAUUUGCAGAGCUCCCCCCCCACCAUUCCAGAAUUUUAAAAAAUGAAUAAAAACAAGCUAAAAUGUAACUGCAAAAACAGCAAUUUUUUCACGACUUUCACCUUCUAGAUCUUCUACAGCAGGUCUAAUUUAUGCAGUUUAAUGUGCUUUCAAUGCAUGCCACAGUAAAAAAAAAAUAACCCGCUAACAAUUAGUUGUAUAUUAUUGCCUUUUUGCACAGUCCUAAGCAGGAAGAACAUGAUUAGCUCUAUCUACAACAUUUCCCUGCCCCUCAUACAGUUUAUAUCGGAGGGGGCAAUCCUGAUUCAAAUCCGAUAUCAACAUCACAGCUUCCCCAAUGGAGGGUGUUGUUAAUAAUCCUUAGCUGUAGAACCCUUGCCCCUUCAUGGAACUAGAUUUCUCAAGAGCCACAACUGGGAGCCAUAGCAGUUAAGAAGCACCCCCAGGUUUUCUUACCUCAGUUGAUCACCAUAUGAAAAAAACUGCUCAGUCAACUCAGUCAACUGCUACAGCUUUGUUUGCUUUACUUAAUAAUUAUUUUACGUACAACAUACGUACCUAACAGAUGCUGCUGGUAUGACGACAAUACUAGUAUAUAGUUAGAGAUGGAGGAGGGCAUGAGCAGUGGCAUAGUGUGGGGGGGGGGGCCUGGAGCCCCGGGUGCAGAAUUCUGAGGGGGCACAACCAGGCACCCACCCACCAGGCAUUGGCUUCACCACCCUGGCAAAGGCAGCAAAGCAGACCAGGCCCAUGGAGUACAGGCAUAGAUGGAGGGAGGUGGUCAAGGGGCAUCCCCAGUGUGGCCUGGCCUGGCCAGACAUGCCUCUGCAGGCAGCUGGCACAGCAAGGCCCUACUUGGCUGGAGGUGUGCUCCACCAGUGUCGGGACUUUCCCGCCCUGGGCGCCGGCAACCCACGCUAUGCCACUGUUAUGAGCUAACUGUGCUUGGAAAUUGUGUUUCUAGGAGCAUUCCUGAUUCCAUACAUCACCACGCUUGUGUUGGGAGGCAUCCCUGUAUUUUUUCUUGAAUUAGCUGUAGGGCAAUGCUUGAAAAAAGGCACCAUUCGACUCUGGUGGCGCAUCUCACCUUACCUGGGAGGACUGGGUAGGUUUCUGCAAUUUCCUUUACUUGUGAUUAUACAAUCUUCUAAUCAUUGCUCCUUCCUGGAAAAUGCAUGGGCUACAUGAGGGUGUGAUAGCAAACCCAGUAGUGGUAGGGUAAAAGGUAAAGGACCAGUCAAAGGUGACUAUGGGGUUGCAGUGCUCAUCUCGCUUUCAGGCUGAGGGAGCCAGUGUUUGUCCUCAAACAGCUUUCUGGGUCAUGUGGCCAGCAUGACUAAACCGCUUCUGGUGCAACGGAACACCAUGAUGGAAACCAGAGCGCACAGAAAUGCUGUUUACUUUCCCCCCACAGCGAUACCUAUUUAUCUACUUGGCACUGGCGUGCUUUCGAACAGCUAGGGUAGCAGGAGUUGGGAUAGAGCAACGGGAGCUCACCCCGCUGCAUGGAUUUGAACUGCCGACCUUCUGAUUGGCAAGUCCAAGAGGCUCAGUGGUUUAGACCACAGUGCCACCCGCUUCCCAGUAGUAGUAAACUCAGGCAGUUUCUUUUUUAGGAGGGGGCUGGUUCACUGCCCCUCAGACCUUGUGGUGGGCCAAAUUGCGCGCAUGUGUGUGCACGCACCCCGCGGAGGAGGGCUUCUCUCUCUCCUCCAGCCCCUCCCUCCUUUCCUACGUCCUCCGCCACUCUGCCUGCGGUUGGAAGCCAGUGGCGGUGGCAGCGCCUCUCCUUUCUGGGCCAGCUUUCUCGGGCACCAGGUGUGGGGCCAGCAGGUGCACCAAGCUCCAGACAAAGCCCCGUGCCUGUCACGCUGCCCACAGUGCAGCCAUGGAUGGAGAGGCCAGCGGGUGGGUUUCGAGGCUUCAGAUUGGCUGGCUGCUGGCACCAAACAAAGCCCAGCUCCCUUCCUCCACAGGGCGGGGAGAAGCCAAGAGGAGGGAGGCGCCUCUGCCAUGGUGUGUGUGAGGGAGGGGAGGGGAGGGGGAAAAGCACCCGGAAAAAAAAUUGCAAAAAAAAUGGCACUGCCUGAACAAUGAAGCCGAUCCAAGCGGCGAUUCCAGGACCAUCUGUGGGCCGGAUCCAGAGGGCAAUCGGGCCUGAUCGUGCCCAUGGGCCUUAGUUUGCUGAUAAACAGAUAAACAGAGCCACUGGGGCAGCCUGUCCGAUUUCACCACCUGAGGCAAAAUGGGAAUUGCCUCCCCCCCCCCCCAGUUUGUGGUUAUCACCACAGCGAUAACUAUUUAUCUACUUGCACUGGCAUGCUUUUGAACUGCUACGUUGGCAGGAGCAGGGACCGAGCAACGGGAGCUCACCCCGUCUUAGGGAUUUGAACCGCUGACCUUCUGAUUGGCAAGCCCAAGAGGCUCAGUGGUUUAGACCACAGCGCUACCCGCAUCCCAGUAGUGGUAAACUCAGGCAGUUGCAUGCCUAUCUGUGUGGAAGAUAAACAGAGCCACGCAAGGGCAACCUGUGUGAUUUCACCACCUGAGGCAAAAUGGGAAUUGCCUCCCCCCACCCCCCCACCCAGUUUGUUAACACCAACAUUUAAUUCACAGAGCAAUGUUGUUUUCCAGACUGCCAGAGUUCAGGUAGUAAUUGGAUUUGAUCUUUCCAUUGUGUGAAUCAGGCUCUUGCAAUAUUUACGUUAAACAGCAAUUGUCUUUGUUCAUGCCAGUUCUGCAUGUGCUUGUAUAUUCCACAGGUUACAGUUCUCUGAUAGUGUCCUUCCUAGUGAGUGUGUAUUAUAAUAUGCUUUUGGCCUGGAUUUUGUGGUAUUUUAUAAACUCUUUCCGAAACCCGUUACCUUGGAGUUUCUGCCCAACAGAUACCAGCAAACCAGGUGAGUUCCCAAGUCUCUUGCUGCUUUCUGUUAUUAGUAUCUGCUUUUCUAUGUAUCCUUCAACCACUGCAUUAAAUUGUUUGUCCAACUCUGCCACAGUCAGUAACUGUCAGACCCAGGUGUGUUCCUGCAAUGCCUCCUUUGGCCCUAGCUACAGAUUGGGAUAAGCAAAAGCCCUACAGGUGCCCAUUUUUCUGUGCUGGCUGGGGCUGAUGGAAGUUCUAGUCCAAAACAUCUGGAUGGCACCAUAUUAGGAAAGUCUGUUAGAGCAUGGUGUGCAUAACACCAAGAUUGCAGGUUCGAUCUCUAUAUGGGACAACUGCAUAUUCCUGAUCGUCAGGAUCCUUUCCAACUCUUCUAUGAUUCCAUCUGUUUUGAUAAUGCCUUCUGUGCUUGUUAUUUCAGAACUUAUUGAAGAAUGUCACAAAAGUACACCUACUAAUUAUUUCUGGUAUAGGUACACUUUAAACAUAAGCACAGAUAUUGGAAACAGCGGUCCGCUUCAGUGGUGGCUGGUUUUAUGUUUGGCAUCCUGCUGGUUAAUUGUGUACAUUUCUACAGUACGAGGAAUUGAAUCGACUGGAAAGGUGAGCAGGGAUUAUUACCAGACACCUGUAUUUCACUGACCUGGUCCUUACUGAGGUGGUAAAGCCAUCUUUGCACUGCACCACGUGAGACAGAAGGCAGCUCACAUGAACGAAUGUUCUGUCAUAUUUUUAAAAGGCACCUGCCCAUUGAAAACUAAUACGUCUGCGAGGAGGCUAGGUUAUAAUCCAUAUGCAGGAGGUAUUUUUUUUCAUGUGUUUGAUCAGCAAUACGUAAAGCAAAUGAGAAACAAAAUUAUGGAUUAAUUAGCUAUAAAGUGCAACUAUGAGGAACACAAGUGUUCCCAUUAGACUGCAGGGCUAAAGCCCCUUGGGAUGGAAUAGCAGUUUAGAUGGCCUGACUCGGACUGUGUCAUAAAACGUCAUAAUGAAUAGUCAGUUGAAUAAUAUAUUGCUUCUUUGGGCAAAUAUGUUGAGCUUUUUGGCUACCAUAUGCCCUUACAUUUUAACUUUUAGACAUUAUUUUCGGAGAACGAAUCCCAGUUAUGUCCAGGAAAAUCUGGAUGUAUGAAUAAACCCAGCAUUCUCUGGUGACUUUAUGCACCUAAUAAGGACCUACAGUGUUGGUCCUUAAGGUGUCACAAGGUGUUUUCUACCUUUUUUCUCUGCAACAUAGAAAAAAUGCAUGCUUGCCUUUUUAAUUAGUAUCUUACUUCUCAUCCAAAGAGUUCAAGCUACUCUCUCUUUCCUCUUGCACACAAUCUGCUCACAAUCUUUCAGUCAGUUGGACUGGAGAAUUGUCUCAAGGUCACCAGUGAGCUUCAUGGCCGUAGGCACCAACUUAGACAAAAUGUUGGGAGGGGGCCCCCACUGCCUGCACUUCCCCCACCUCCCUGCACUUCUGUGGAGCACACCUCCACAGGUUUCCUCAGUUCUAGUCUGCCAUGUUAACCACUGCUGCACCACACUGGAUGGCACCAUUAUGUGGUGAUUUACACACAUGCAUGAGCUUCUGCAUUUCCUCAAACCACCCUAAACAAAAACAGUUUAUCACUGAGUUGGAUUCAGCUGCAACUGUUCAGUAAUUUUGUGUGCACAGUAUCUGUUUCAUGGUAUUGCCUUAACCUCUUCCUGACACUCACUUUUUUCUUCUCUGCUUUGCUCUUCCUCUUAGGCAAUAUAUUUUACAGCCCCAUGUUCUUUCCUAAUUCUAACAUUAUUCCUAAUUUAUGGACUGACUCUCCCAGGAGCUGUUCAUGGAUUACUCUACUUCAUGACUCCUAAUGCAAGUAUUUAUUCAAUUGAUCCUUGGUGUUCCAGAUGAUGUACGGAAAGUCUGACUUGGUCUUUUAGAGGUGGCUUUGAACUUUGAACUUUCCUCCAUGCUGCUUCUUUGUUUACCACUUAAUACUAGUUGGGAUCCACACAUAUUCUGGCAAUUGUACUUUGUUAACUCCCUCUAGAAUCUAUGAAGAACAGAAACGUGUGUAAAAAUGCCCUUUUCUAGAACUUACAAAUAUAGGCAACCCUGGGUCAAAUCUUAUUUUUCGGCAGACAGGGCAGAACUACACUUCAUUGUGCAAGCAUGGGGUGUCCCAGUUCUGCAUUUGACUUGUAGUGCUGGGGCGAAUGCAGAGAUGGAGAGAUGCAUUUGCAGAGGAAGCCAGUGGGCAGCUACUUAAUCCUCCCUAUGCCCACCAAUUCUUCCCUACAAAUGCUCCCCUGGGCUGCUUUUUGUUUCUCCGUCUGGCAGGGUCCAAGACUGGAAGAUGCAAAAGUGAAGGUAAAAGCACUCUAGUGAGCAUUUGUAAGGGACUAUCGCCAAACAUGGAAAGAGUUAAGCUCUCUCUCCUACACACUGAUUCUCCGCCUCCAACUAGCGCCCAGCAGGCAGUUUGUGAAACACUUGUUUGCCAGUAUAAUGCAUUGUUCUGUUUUGAAUUUGUUGAAUUCAGAAAACACACUAAUUUUCCACUGCUUGUCAGGAAGGCCUGUAUCAGUACACAAGAAUUAUGAGACUAAUAAUGUGUUUAGCCCUGAGCUCUCUCUGUCUCUCUCACAGCUCAAGAAGAUCAACAAUCCACGUGCCUGGCUUGAUGCAGCCACCCAGAUCUUUUCCUCUCUUUCUUUAGGAUUUGGGGGACUCAUAGCAUAUUCAAGCUACAACCCGUCAAUGUAGGUAUAAUCUUACAGUUUUGUUAGCUUUCGCUCACAAUGUGGAGAGGAGCUGUUUGACGCAGUCAAAUAAACUUCUAUGAGAUAGCGCCUCAGUGAUCUCUGGAGACAAGACUCAAUUCUCAUUCAGCCCACACUGGAGCCCAGGAAAAGCGGAUGGCUCUGUUCUCUUGAUGUUUCCCUGUGUGAGCAACCCAAAGAUGCUCUCUAUUGUUCUUUCUGCAAUGCCAGUGCUGGGCAAAGUUCAGCUACGUUUGAGAUGCAAUAAUGAGAAGGCGAGUGACUGAGUGCAUGCUCUCAGUAUAACUUAUGCCUUAAGGUUCCUGUGAGAAUAAAACAGCAUAACUUGCUUGUAUGCUACCUUGGAAUCCUUUGGAGAAAAGUGAGCUCUAAAUGUGAUAAAUGUAUAAUAUCUGGGCCCUCUCCAGUCCCAGAAUGAUGAGAGAUUUCAGGGAUUCCAGUGCAUGCACCAGGGCUGGUUUCUGUUGAAUGAGAUCUGAAGAGUCUUACUGACAUUUCUGUAUCAAAAGGCUUUAGUUAUACAAAUAUACAACAUCAACACUCAGAUGGAUCCUCCUCCCCCAGUAGAUUUCUAGAACCCCCAGUGCCAUUUCAUUGGAUCUUCACAGAGGGUUAGUCAGGCCUUGUCUUUUUCAGACUCUGUUCUAGGGCUGCCUGCUUAUUUUCUCUUUCCCACACACAAAAAUUGAGGACAUUUUUUUGUGUAAUUAUUGGUAGGUUUUAAACAUAUUUUUUUUUCAUGUUUAUAGUUUUCAUUCUAUCCAUGUUUAAUUGUAUUUCAAUGAAUUUUCUCUCUCUAGUGGUUCAUGUUUUUAAACUGUAAGCUGCUUUGAGUCCUGUCAGCGAAUAAAGAAAUUAAUAAUAAUAACAAUGACAAAACCAACAUAUUUCAGUAGUGCCUUCAGCUAUUUAGUUUCUGCAACAACAUGCCAUCUGUCAAUUGCUUUGUUUUACUGUUCUGGGACUGAAAAUACUCAGUGAAGAAUAGAGUACAAGUACUUCAAAUAAAUUAAUAAAUGUAUAACAUUAGAAGUUACAGACUCGGUGUUGUCCUUUGUAACAUUUAAUCGGGUUGUUAUGUACUUGCUUUUCCUAGUAAUGACUGUGAACUGGAUGCUGUCAUGAUAGCAGCAAUAAACUCUUUGAGUUCUUUGUUUGCAUCAAUCCCAAUUUUUUCGAUUCUGGGGUUCAAAGCAACAGUGGCCUAUGAAGAAUGCUUGGAAAGGUGAGCCAUUCAAGUUUCACAGUUAGGAACCAAUUUAAGGUGUUGGUCCAAGUUCACAAUUUUUGUUUUUCAUUGUCUAGAAUUUUGUGUCAUCCCCCCCCCUUUAAACCAGUUUUGGGGACCCCAGAGGGCAGAAUUAAAAUAAGAUUGUAGCAUAGAACACAAAGUAUACAAUCCUGCAUGUUCCGUGUGCAUAUUCAUUAAAUCAGGUAUACAGGCAACUUCCUGUUUGUAUGGGGGUUGCGUUCCUGGUCCCAGCGCACGUCAGUGGUUGUGCAUAAACCCGUUUGGCCCCUGGCCUGCCCCUAUUUGAAGCAAAUUGCUGUUGUUUUUCUUAGGGACUAUGGCAAUGCAAAUAAUUCGUAUCAUUCUUGACUUUACUGACAGAAAUGUUAAAAGCAUCACCAAGGCAUUCAGGAAAGACAACAUCACUGUAGACAGCAGCGCAUUUUGGCUCAGUUAUUUGAAUGGAACAGAUAUCAAUAAACUGGCAUCUCUCAAACUGGCAAAUUGUGAUCUCCAGUAUUUCCUUGAUAAGGUAUUGUACUUGCAUUGCAUGAAUGAAUGGGGCUUCCUUCUCUGGUCACAUUCCAUGAAGGUUUCUGCAGCUUCCACUGCAUUUUUCUGUAGUUUCUCUGCUGGACCUCUGCCAUGCUGCAAGGGGGUCACAGCCCUCGGUCUUCAGCUACCGUUGAUGUGAUGGCCCAGGCAGGAAAUUCUUUCAGAAGAGCUGUGUUUAGCUCUUUGGCUUCAUACAAGCUGCUCUGUCUCUGGUAAACUAGCUUGUUACUCUACCCAUAUGUAUGAGUGCACAGAGACCACAAGUUGUUUGCCUGGUUAUCUCCGAAGAAACACAAUCUACCAUCCCCCCUACAACUACUGUUACUGGGGUGUUCUAUGGCCACUUUAUUUAGCCACAAAUACUUGCACACAGAAGAUGGGGCUCAGGGUACCCACCAGAACUCUAGUCCAGCUUGAGAAGUUUCCCCUUAUAAUUCUGCAGAGACACACACAAACCAUAUCUGUGUCUGCACAUAUGAGCACUAAAAGAGCCACAGAAAGCAACCUGCGAGCUUAGGUGGCUGCCUUUAUUAUUUUAUUACCUUUCCUUCACCCUUAGCUCCCAGGGCAAGUGACAACGAUUUAAAAUGCAACACUAAAAAAAGAUUACAGCAACUUAAUACCACUAAAACAUGGUGAGUCCCAAAAAUGCACCUCUCAGGUGUCAAGGGUCCAGGUCAAGAUAAGAACUUGUCAUCGGUAAUGACUGUAUCUUAUUCCAGAUGAUGGCUAAAUGUUGAGUAAUACAACAUUUUGCCUCUGCAUUAGAAUAAAUGACAUUUAGAAAUCAAUCUGACAGUUUUUACCAUUAUUUGUGAAUUUUGCAGAGUGUUUCUGGAACCGGCUUGUCCUUUAUUGUGUUCACUGAAAUCGUCAUUAAGAUGCCUGGAUCAAACACUUGGGCGAUUCUGUUUUUUCUCAUGCUGUUCAGUCUUGGUGUAUCUUCCAUUUUUGGACUCAUUCAAAGUAUCUUGACGCCUCUCACAGAAUCUCCCAUUGUGUCUAGAUACAUAUGCAAGGAGGCUGUAUGUGGUAAGGCAUCUUCCUCAAAUCCUUUUCUUUGCUGUUAACCAUGCUCAAGAUUAAUAUGGUUCAAAGUGCUUCUUGUACAUUAUUUCAGCUAUUGUAAAUAACAGUAGCUUAAUACUAUCUCUGUAUUGCAGAUGGGGGCUGAGAUAGGGUUCGUGGGCAUGACAGUAUUUCGAUGGAAUAUCCUGGCUCAUUGCUCAUUCUCUUAGCUGCUACUGUUGUUUCAAGAUAUGUUAUUUCCAGAUUCAUUAACCUCCCCAGGGAGGUUUGGCUGGCACCUUCAUUAUACAUCUUUAAGUGUCAGGCAAAUAAAGUUCCUCUUCAACCAGGCCUUGGGAGAGAGAGAGCCAGUGUGGUGUAGUGGUUAAGAGCGGUAGUCUCGUAAUCUGGGGAACCGGGUUCGCGUCUCCGCUCCUCCACAUGCAGCUGCUGGGUGACCUUGGGCCAGUCACACUUCUUUGAAGUCUCUCAGCCCCACUCACCGCACAGAGUGUUUGUUGUGGGAGAGGAAGGGAAAGGAGAAUGUUAGCCGCUUUGAGACUCCGUAAAAGUGAGUGAAAGGCGGGAUAUCAAAUCCAAACUCCUCCUCCUCCUCUUCUUCUUCUUCUAUGGCCUUUUAAAUGUGUUUGUGUGAGCGGGGGUGAUUGUUUUGUUUUUGUUCUAUUUAUUAUGUGCUUUUAUCCUGUAUUUUUAUCUUGUGAACUGCCCUGAUAUCUCUGAAGGGCACUAUAUAAAUUAAUAAACAGUAAUAACAACAAUAACAAUAAUCUGGUGAGCAGAAACUGUACAGUCUUAAUGAUGCCACAUUGCACUCAUUAACCAUUAAGGAUAGGUGAGUGGCAAAACUUGGGUGUUUGGCAAGAACGGAACAGACAUGUUGGGAUUGAUUAUAAACGCACAUGUAAACACCAAUGGUUAGGUUUUCUUUUAUUUCAUUUGUGUUAAUUGACUAAUGAAUGUUGUUGUCUGUAGGUUUAAUAUGCCUUACUGCCUUUCUGCUGGGCCUGCUUUUUGCUCUGAGAUCAGGAAACUACUGGCUUGAGAUGUUUGAUGCCUUUGGGGGAACCAUGCCUUUGCUAGUCAUCGCUUUCUUUGAAGUGAUGGGUGUUGCAUUUCUUUAUGGAAUGAAAAGGUAUGGCUAUGUUUCUUCGUAUAUGUAUCUAGAUAAGCCCUUAGGUGCACAAGCAACUCAAGGCAGAUGAACACGUGAGGCUGUAUUCAUAACUAAGCAUUUCUAUUGAGAAAUGAACACACUAUGGAGAAGCUAGGCAAUCCACCUACAUCUUGUGAUGCAAAUCAGGAUUUUUUAGUGAUGGAGUGCCUUGCCCCCCCCCCCCGCCUGCUCCCCCACUUACAUGGAAACUAACUCUAAUGCUUGAAGAGGGUUUACAAGGUAAACUGGUGUCUAAUCUGGACUGCUUCAGACUGCUUUAGUGAGUUGUGUUUCAAAACUGAAUACUCAUCCAUGGGGGGAGCCGUUAUGUUUAAUAUGAGGGGCAUUCAGUCUGAAGAGGUACCGUCGCCAACAGCCAUUGCUAUUUGAAGUGGUAUGGCCCAGGACCCAGAUUUACCAGCACCCCUCAUCAGAGGGAUCAUGAGAAGCAAGCCCAUUGAUAAGCUGGUGAGGUGUGACACUUCCAUUUCCCUCCUUUAUCCUGUGAAAACAACACUCUAAGCAACAAACCUUUAUUUAGUCUAUUUAUUUAGAAAAGCAUUUCUGUACCACCAAAAAAAACACACUGGGGUGAUGUGCAACAUUAACAUAAAAAACAAUUGCAAACAGUACAAAUAAUUGUGGAAGUGGCUGGCUAAACAAAACAUUAAAGAGCAAUGAAGAUCUGAUUUUUAAGCGAAGCGGGAAAGUCAAAAGUGAGGGUGUCUGCCAGAUCUGUUCCUGGCCUAGGUGCAGCAAGUGAUACCUUUUUAUUGUAUUUGAAGUAUAAUCACAUGUCUCCCUGCUCAGAAAUAAAUUCCAUUGCAUACAGUGGGAAUAAGAUCCCAGCUAAGGUUUGCAGCCUUAUGCAUAAUUUGGGGAUAUACACCCCACAAGUUGCAAUAGGAUAAAUGUUUCCUAUCUGUUGUGUUUAAUUUAUUUGUGCAAACGAUCAUUUGAUUGGGGGGGUGGGUUGUGUGCAUGUGGCCUACUUAACAGCCCAAGCAACUGCCAGGGAGGAUAGAUCUCUAUUUGAGAGAGUCCUUGAUUUGAAAAUCCCUCUGGUUUAAAAGAUUAAAAACCCUAGGCAGGGAGAGCAGGGGCUUCAAAGUUAACACCUGGAAAGGAGAUGGAACAGGCUAGCUGAUCAGUCUUCCCCACUAUGUAGACAUGUAAUACAUUUCUAUUUCAGUCACAAAAAUCAUUUCUAAAUUAGCACAUAAACGUUUUACGCAAACGUUUUACGCAAGCCUGAAUCCUCUUUUGUUUGCAUUUCCCUCUUUUGAGUGAUGCUUAUGUAGCUGCUCUACUUGUUCAAGUGAUGAGCAGGCAUGCGGUCAGAGGAGAAACAGAAGUUUAGCUGGCUUCAUUUUUAAUAAGGUUACAUGCAAGUGAAUUGUCCACAGAUCCCUCACUAAAUAUAUCCAUUUCAUUAACAGAUUCAGUGCAGAUGUGGAAAAGAUGAUAGGAAGACCACUAAAAUCCUAUUGGAAGGCAAUGUGGUUAUUUUUCUCGCCAGGGACAAUGCUCCUAAUUUUUUUCUUCUAUGUACUUGUUGAGCCACCAUCAAGCUACAAUACUUGGAACCCAAAUUAUGUAAGUUACCUUUAUACAAGUCAUUACUAGUCUUUCCCUAAUUUGCAUUCAUGGGGGGGGGAUUGAGCUCUCACUCCAAUCUUGCUGCUACUCCUGAAUCUCAAUUCAACUCCUGAAUUGAUAAAGAUGCUCUGCUUAAGCACAGAAUUCCUGGGCUAUCACCGAUGGUUCACUAGGGCUUACAGGGGGUCCUGCAGCUAAUUAACCUCACCAGAUUUUUAAUGCUGGAUUUUUUUAGAUAUGCUGUAAGCCACCCAGAGUGGCCGGGGAAACCCAGUAAGAUGGGUGGGGUAUAAAUAAUAGAAUUAUAAAUUAUUAAGUAUAAUCAACUGAGGAUGCUUUAUGUUGGCCUUUUUAUUUAAUGUGCUGCCUCUUUUGUUUCAGCCGCACAUUUAAUAAAUGGUUUUACAUUUUGAUUUUAUUACUCUGCUGUAAGCUGCUCUAAGAGCAUUCCUGAAGAGCAACUUAAAAGCAGGUUGAAUAAACAGACAUCCUCUUCACACCAAGCCCAAAGAUGCCAUCAGUCAUAUACUACAGUCCACCAAGGGCUGGACAGUGAUCCUGGCUCUUGCCAUCUAGGACACCAAGCUAAAACAGGCUUUACAGAACCCUACAUGCCUGCUGGGCUGUUUACUUCUUUGUUGGGCACAGGAGGUGUGUGUCUGCUGUACGUGUAGUGAGCCAGCAAACUUGCGUAUGAACCUAUUACAAGAUGGUAUUGCCUGGAGAAAGACAGUCAGGGUGUGUAUCCACAGUAGUGGACAGAGGAGGAAUGACCACUGGGGGUGGGAUGCAGAAAGGAGUGCCAUAGCGCACCUGUAGCAGCAAACAUGCUUUUUCUGUACAGCCACAGUAGGCGCUGUAACUCUCUAAUGGUUUGACUUUACCCACAAAGGCACAUUCUUCCACUUUCUCCCAAGACAGAUGGAUGCCAUGUGGUUCCUAGUCAACCAUGCAGACACUGACCAGUCCCAGAUCUGUUCAGCUUCAUGAGUUUUCAGAUGAUCAGCCUUGAUGAUAACUGUUUGCUAUCAAGUCCCAGCCUACAUAAAGCAGAGAGAUUUUACCAUUCGGUGUGACAGGAGUGAGCGUUCAUAAAAACAGUGUUUUUUGUUACACACAACACACCACUAGCACAAUGGGGCUUUCCCCCCCUCUCCUCCUCCCAUGGCAUCCCAAAAUUUGCUCCAGAGCAGGCACCCCCAAACUCAGCCCUCCAUAUGUUUUGGGACUACAGUUCCCAUCACCCCUGGCCACUCGUCCUGUUAUCUAGGAAUGAUGGGAGUUGUAGUCCCAAAACAUCUGGAGGGCCGAGUUUGGAGAUGCUUGCACCAGAGGGUUUGGGAAAUCCCUAGAAGGUAUUUAGGGGGUGCACCAGUGGAGAGGAGGAGGAGUACAUCCCAUCAUGAGAGGAGACAUCCUUGUGCUGAUGAAGCCAUAGUCUUAGCCCUACACUGCAUGCAACCCUUUCCCUUUUGGAAUAAUGCCAACCUUUGCUUAGCUCCCACUUUGAAGUAUUAACAAGCUGUAAUUCCUGUCCUCACUUACCUGGGAGCAACCCAUAUAACCUGAUGGGAUUUACUUCUGUGUAAACGCAUAGAAGAUGAUGCUGUUCAGUGUGGCUUUCAUGCAAUACAUUUGUUUCUCCCAAAGGUACAUUUUCCUGCAAAAGAGUCAAAAAAGUAUCCUCCCUGGGCUGUCAUCAUCUCUGAGAUGCUUGAAACUGUACCAUGCUUGAUGAUCCCUUUUGGAGCCAUUUAUCAACUUUGGAGAAUUGUGUUGAAAAAGAAACUGCUACAAAUAAUACAUCCAGAUACCAGCACUGGUAGCACCUGA